AUGUCGCUACGUGACGAUCAAUUUUUCCACAAAUGUGAGUUAACGAGGACUCGAGACGAUAAUUUUGAGCUGCGUUACAGUCGUUUAAGGAGGAAUUUUAUAAAAAUUUAUUCGGUAAAUCCGAAUUUGGGUGUUACGCAGCAUUAUUUGAAGAGCAAGGCUCUCAUCCGUGAGGAAAAGAAACGACAUGUAACGCAGUUUUGGAUGACAAUUCAUCCGUUCUCGAGUUUGACGCUGAUUUGGGACUCUUUUAUGAUUAUCGUGUUGACAAUAGCGUAUUUUCGGUUGCCAUUUAUGUUUUUCGACUAUUUGAAGUAUUAUCGCUCGUCAAUUGAUGAUUUGAACAUUUUAUUUGUCACAAACUGCUUUUAUUUGAUGGAUAUUGUCUUCAGGCUAUUUCAAGGCACUGUCAAAGAGGAUGAAAAUGUGUCGAAGAUCGAACUUCAUCUUGGUCGAUGCUUCCUUCUUUACCUGAAAGGAACUUUAAUUUUUGACGUUCUAUCGACAAUCCCUUUCCUCAUCAUCCGUUUUUGUGACACCCCCGACAGCAAUGAUCUCCUUCAAACAACUUUUCGUUUCAUGGCACUUUUGAAACUUUUUCGCAUAUACGACUAUCAAAAUUAUUUGCGCCGUUUUUUGGAAUACAUCAACGUGAACGACAACAAAUCCGACAUGAUUUUAUUUUUUGUUUCAACUUUUACCGUUUUUCAUCAAUUUGUCGGCUUACAACUGCUUCCGGGAAUCAUCGCCAUUAAAUUUUUCAACUUUGAACCGCAAAAUUUUUGGUAUGAAGACAAAAACUUUCGAGAUCGAACUCUCCUGUCGCAGUUCAUUGUAUGCAAAUAUCGCGCCAUCAGUACGUUAUUCGGAACUGGAUUUAUGGAUUUUCAACCAAGAAACGUCUUUGACAAAGCAUUUCUCACGUUCAUGAUGGUUUUUGGAUGUUUCACGCGAUGCGUGUUGUUCGUCAAGUUGCUUGUGAAACUGAAAUGUAUGCAAUACCAUCGUUACAAAUACGAAGAAAUAAUGAACCAAAUUCACAAAUAUGUGCGACAUAAGAAGCUGCCAACGAAAAUUCACGAGAAAUUUAGAAAAUUUUACGAUUUUCAUUAUCGAGGCUCAUAUUUCCCUGAAGAAAAAGUCGAAAGUUGUGUGUCGGAACAACUGAAACAGGAUAUUUUGAUGCACAAUACGAGAGUUUUGACGGAAAAAGUUUCAUUUUUAGCGAAUUUACCUUCGACUGUCUUUCAGACGAUCGUUUCUUGUUUGCAUCGGGAAGUCGUUUUGGAAGGAGAAGUCAUUGCUUCGUGCGGAGAAGUUGGAGAUGCGAUGUAUUUCAUAGCUUCGGGUACUUUGGUACUGUUAUCGCCAUCGGGGAUCGAAUUGGGACACGUUUCUGAUGGAUCAUUCUUUGGAGCAGCGACUCUCGUGUUGGAAAAUGAACGAAGAACAAUAACUUGUGUCGCCUUGGAGACUUGUGAACUUUAUCGGUUGGAUCGAGAAGACUUUAAUCGUGUAAUUCUUCCAAAUUCUGCAUUAUUACAAGAAAUUGAGCGCACAGCAAUUGAGAGAUAUGAUCACAUGCGUUUCGUUGAACAGCAAUUUCGUCGAAGAACAAGUACUCCUGAACCAUUCGAGGUCUUUUCAAUGCCUUCUGACACGGAAUAUGAAGGAUUAAUUCGUUCUCCUUGGGCAUCAACGUCACACAAUCGUCAUUCAACGAUCGCAGGAUCAGGAACAAAAUGA